AUGCCGCGAGACGGCUCGCGUGGGCGAUUGCGAUCGUAUGAAGCUUGUCUUAAUUGUCGGAGAAAGAAAACCAGGUGUCCAGCAGAACGACCAGUCUGUUCGAGUUGUGCUCGUCUCAAUCAGACAUGUCUCUAUACAUCUGCUCGGAGAGCAUCGCACCAAUCGGAGGACCGACUGGCGUCGCUGGAAGAAAAGGUUGAUUUUAUCAUGAAAGGGUCUAAACCGUGCGAUGAAGACCCAUCUCCCGCAAAGUCGUCAUCAAACUCACUUCCCAGCGAGUCGAACUAUGUCCUCAAUAGUCUGCUUACUCCGGAGCUUGGGUUCGAAGGUCCCGAAGACUCAAGUCUGCAUAUCUCAUCUCCCACCGUCGCCAAAACAGUAGACCUUUACUUUCAGUACUGUCAUCGACAGCCUAUCUGGUGUUUCAACUACGAAGACCUUGAGGAAAUGGGUUUUCUGCCAAAAGAGCUUGUCUAUAGUAUCCUGACGCUGACGUCUCGUUUCUACGCCCACGACCACAACCAGGCUCAGUUUUACAGCAACACGGCAAGGACAUUGAUUAUGCUCCGUGUCGCAAGUGGUACCGUGGACCUGGAGACCAUAGAAAGUCUGUGUCUGCUCACAUAUUCGCUCUUCAUGGAUGGAAACGUGUCUCUCGGCCAGUUUCACCUGGGGUUUGCGUUCCAGCUAUGUCUUACCGCUAUGAUUGAUGUCGAAGCCGCUGCCCCAACUAAGAGUCCUCUAACUCAACGAAAGAAAAGAGUCUUCUGGAGUCUUCUAUCGCUAGAAAGAUCAUAUGGCCACCAAAAUCGGCUCUUAAGACUCUCCGCCGAGCCAUUGUGCCCCUGCUGUGUCCCAGACAAGACAGAAGGCGACGAGACCAUGAGUUGCUCCGACCCCGAAAUCGACAUAUGGAGUCUAUCCUCUCACUUCGGCUGGGUCUGGAGCAGAGUGCGAACAUACGUCUCCGACUGCGCCCAGAACAACCUCAAAGAGCCCUGGCGCCACGACUCAAUGUACACAAUGAUCCUCUCCGAUCUAACCUCCGCUGAGAACAAGCUUUCUCAGAACCAUCGCUACGACUCUGUCAAAUUCUACGAGCGCACAGCAUCCGAAGUCCGUCUCAAUAAAAGCUACUGGGGUCCCUGGCUGAAACUACAAUUCACGUACCAUUGCAUCCUUACCAUGCUCAACCACCCGUUUCUCUACAUCGUUGCGUCACAGCAUAAUCCCAACCUGGCGAUUCCAAACGCCUUUUGGAGAAGGUCGAGUGAGUUGGCGCUGCUGCACGCUACUUGGAUUGUGAGGAUCAUUGAUAUGGUGACGGAGAAGGAGAUGAGACUUACGGAGGCUUUUUUUGGACAUGCAGCAGCUGUUGCUGCUACGGUGCAUCUCUAUUAUUGUCGGGCUGCGGAUCCGAGAUUGAAGUUUAAGUCGAAGACAGAUCUAGCUAAGUGUCGGAGGUUUCUGGAAGGGUUUGUGGAGUUUUCGCCUGCUUGUCGGGCAUUAGACCAAACGUUGGAAAAAAUAAUACAUAUGGCAUUUGGAUCCGAGAACGUCGACUAUGACUGGACACCUUCCCGGAUUUAUCUCAGCGUUAGUCUAAUGUGGGAUAUCCUACGAGCGAACUGCAUGCCCGAGUCGCAAGAGCCAUCUACAACCGGCCUUCUCCAUCCAUCCCUCGCACCUACAAUUACACGCGAAAGCUCCGCACAAAGCUCAUCAACACUAGAAAUCAUCGUUGCCAUGUCUCCAGAAGUCACCGUAAAUACCGCAGAUGGGGGACAAGCGGCACAUAUGCCACCAAGGGUGCGAAGCAUGACAGCAACAAUAACGACUCCGGCACCAUCCUCUCCAGACAUUGACCUCGGGGGAGAGAGAUUGGUCGUGCCGAAUGAUAAUCUUAUGCUGAAUACGCCGUGGUUGUGGACUGAUCCGAGUCAGUUUGGGGAUGUGGAUGGGUUGAAUCGACAGGAGCUGGAGAAUAGUAUGGACGGGUUGUUUACGUGGUGGGAUUUGGGGAAUCUAUAG